AUGGGCGUAGCUGAAUUACCACAGGAAAUCAUUGAAUUGAUAUCCAAAAGGUUGACUAUCUACUCCGACUAUCUCCGAUUCCGAUGCGUAUGUCGCACCUGGAAUUCCUCUCUUCCCAAAACCCCUCUCCAUCUACCACCUCAACUCCCAUGGCUCAUGCUUUCUCACAAUUCCUUCUUCGACCUCACCGCCAACAAACUCCACCUCCUCAAUCUCCCUCUAUCUCGUAUCUGCGGUUCUUCUUUUGGCUGGCUCGUCAUUCUCCACCAAAUCUCUGAGAUUCGUCUUCUCAACCCUAUAACACAAGUCACACUUUCUCUUCCUUCUCUCUACACUUUGCCAGAGUUGGUUAGAAAGCAUUUGGAUCAUAAUAAUAACCGUUUCCUUAACAAAGUUGUCUUGUCGUCUAGCCCUUCGCGUAGCGACGACUUUGCUGCAUUGGGCGGUUUAGACAUUAUAAAGGGUUUCUCUUGUGAACCAGUUUCUAAACAGAAUCAUCCUAUUCAAUUUUUCUUCAUCAUGAUGAUGAAUAGUAGAACAAAUGAAGGAAAAAGAAUGGGCGUAGCUGAAUUACCACAGGAAAUCAUUGAAUUGAUAUCCAAAAGGUUGACUAUCUACUCCGACUAUCUCCGAUUCCGAUGCGUAUGUCGCACCUGGAAUUCCUCUCUUCCCAAAACCCCUCUCCAUCUACCACCUCAACUCCCAUGGCUCAUGCUUUCUCACAAUUCCUUCUUCGACCUCACCGCCAACAAACUCCACCUCCUCAAUCUCCCUCUAUCUCGUAUCUGCGGUUCUUCUUUUGGCUGGCUCGUCAUUCUCCACCAAAUCUCUGAGAUUCGUCUUCUCAACCCUAUAACACAAGUCACACUUUCUCUUCCUUCUCUCUACACUUUGCCAGAGUUGGUUAGAAAGCAUUUGGAUCAUAAUAAUAACCGUUUCCUUAACAAAGUUGUCUUGUCGUCUAGCCCUUCGCGUAGCGACGACUUUGCUGCAUUGGCCAUUCUUAAUCCUAGUGAGUUAGCAUUCUGUAAAAAAAGCUACGAUUCUUGGUUUCUCUUUAGUGUGAAUGAAAAUCACCUAUGGAUGGAUGUUGUAUCCAAAAACGGUUUGUUUUAUGCUGUGAGCUCAGAAGGAAUGAUAGCGGUGUGUGAUGUUGAAGGCUCUAAAGUCUCCAUUAUUAAGACGACAGACUCUAUCAAUUUAUGGAAUGCAAUUUACUAUGCUGUGUUUUCCGGGGAGGACAUGUUGUUGGUUUAUCGGUAUUUACUAAAGAAAAAUGUAUCUCAGACAGAAAGGUUUCGAAUUUUAAAGAUGAAUUGGAAUGUGCUAAAGUGGGAAGAAAUUCAUAGUUUGGGCGAAAACAUGUUGUUUGUAGGGCAAAAGUCUUGUGUUUCUUUUUCUGCUGCUGAUUUUGUUGGAUGUCGUCGAAAUUGUAUCUAUUCUGUUAGGAAAGAUGAUAUCACUAUGCUUCAACCAGCGGCGACAACCCUAACGGCGAAAACCAGCGGCGACAACCCUAACGGCGAACACCAGCGAACACGAAUACACUUGCGUUCAUAUACAAUUUUGAUUGGAGUUGUGGUGACUAAGGUUUCUAAACAAGUUCUUAUUGAGGGAUUCCUUGAUAAUAAUGGCUUGCACUGCCUUCCCAAGCUCUCAUUGAAGCUCUCAGGGUUCAAUUGCUUAAAUAAAUCCUUGCCUACACAGCUUGAUGCUCAAGGCUACACUGUUGUCAAACCUAGUUUAGAUGAGGUUUCCUCUUGUAAUUCUUUGGCUGUAUGGCAUCAUAGAUUAGGUCAUGCCAAUUUCAAUUCUGUCAAACAAAUUCUCAGAAAGUGUAAUGUUUCUCUACCUAAUAAACAUGAUUCUUUGUUGUGUAAAUCUUGCAAUCUAGGCAAAGCUCAUAGAUUACAUGACCCUACUUCAACUACUGUCUAUGAUAAUGCCUUUGAUAUUAUUUAUUCUGACUUGUGGGGUCCCUCUCCUAAUCCGUCUAGUCCUGGCUAUAGAUAUUACAUUGCCUUUGUAGAUGGUCACACUAGACAACUAUCAAGUCAGUCCAAUCUGACUAUGGAGGUAAACUUAGAUCUUUCUCCAAGUUCUUAG